CACUUUCGCACUUUCACCCCAAGCUUUCAAGCUCUGCAAGCACUCACCACACCGCUCCGCUAAACGCGCCUGUACUCUGUACACCUCCGAUUACUCUGAACUGCUAGGCAGCUACGCGACAACUCACUGCCUUCGCAAUGUCGACCCGUCGCACGCGUCGCACCGCCGCGACUGCGGAGAUCACCGAGGAAAUCAUCACAGUCGAGACGCGCAGCAAGCGCACUCGCCCCGCUUCUCGCAAGGCCGCCGUCUCCAAGGCUUCCAAGACCGCAAAAGACACCACAUCAAGCUCGCGCAGCAACGCGCAGCCCGCAGCGCGUCCUGACGCGGUCGCGUCCACACCAGCCCCCGCUCCAGCAACAACAUCCGCCGCCACACCAGCCCCCGCGACAAACAAACGCCGUCUCCGCUCCACCACAGAAGCUGCGUCACCACUACGUGCCCUGGACGAGCAGCCCGCAAAGAAAGCACGAACCACCUCCAAGAAGGUGUCCACGCCCGCGCCUGCUCGUGUUCAGGAAGCGCCUGUCGAGGAGGAUGACGAUGAAGAGACCCCCAUUUUCUUUACCAAGAGCUUUGACCACAUUGCGCAUGAACUUCAGAUCUCUUCUCUGAACGAUCGUAAUGCGGGUCUUCAAGCAACCUGUGACACUCUGCGUGAGGAGAGAGACAGCGCUCUCGCUGAGCUCACCCUUCUCAAAGCUCAACUUGCCGAUCUUCAGAACGAACUCCGUCAAUACACUGAACCGCAGAUCUCUCCCGCCAAGGCUAAUUCACCAAUCCCAGAAUUCGACUCCUUUGAUGUCGAAGAACCAGAGCCCGCUAAGCCAUCAUUCAUGACUGGUGACGCGUCUGCAAUGGCCCUUCUCCGACACGUCCAAGAGGCGUCCAGACCUCCUCCAACCGUGUUGCCUACAUCACCUGCAUCACCUGCCUCACCGGCAUCUCCGCAGUCACCAGGCGUGGAGAUUGACGAUAUCCCCGCCGUCGAGUCGCCAACCCCAGCACGCGACGAGAGACCCUCGACUCCCUCCAGGAGCUUCUUUGGCACCUUCACUUCGUCGUUCUCGGUGAUCAAGAACCUGUUCGGAGCUUCGACACAGGCACCCCCAACACCAACACCAUCCCGACGACCUCCACCCGGCUCUAUGACUGAGGUGCUAUCAAUGCCUCCCACCCCAGUCGGCGAGCGCCCAAAGCGUCCCGCCAGGAGGCCAAAGAAGCAGAGCCGCAUGGUCAAAGCACUUCUCCAGGGCGUCGAUCAGCAAGACAUUGACCAGGCUACGGCAUGGGCCAAGCAGGUCGCUGCCGAGCUUCACAAAGACUCUACCUCUGGCGACAAACGCAAGCGUCUGGAGGUUCCCGUCCUAUUUCGCGACCUCAAGCACUUCCCUGCCAGCAAGCCAUGGCAAUCGGGUUUCAGCUUCCCCGAAGACAUUCUGGACCUCGAAGACGACGACGUUGUUCCAGCCUGGGCUGUGUACACAUCCAUGAUCGAAGAGGAGCACGAGACCAAGAGGACGAAGACUACUCACGCCAACUCUGUCGAAGAUGACAUGCCUCAGUCACUCAACGACCGUUUUGGUGCCUUUAUCGACCCUAGGCUGGACUUCCACCCUCGCCGCGCUAUCGACCCCUCACCGAUGUUCGAUAGCACACUUCGUCACCAAGAGGGCGUCAACAUCUUCACCGCGAUGCACGGUCAUGAAGCCGCUGCCAGCGAUCGUGAAGCUUUCCAGCGUGAGAUGAAGGCUGGAGGAAGCCAACACCGAGCCCACUUCGAGAAGUCCACUGUCCAGAACUCCGAGGACCUACGAACACAUGAUCCUGGUCACGGCUCGUUCAGCGUUCCAGAAUCCGACUCAGAGGAAGAGGAGACACCUCGUGCCAAGCCUGUCUGGACACAGGCACCACCACCCGCGCCCACUCCGGCCCACGUUUCCUUGCCGAAUGCUACCCACAAUGAGGAGGUUGAACGUCAACGACAGAAAUUGAUGAAGCACACCCCACACAAGCCCAGCCGACUCCAGCAAGUCAGCUACCCUUCCCCAAGCCUCAUGUCUGACGCCGGCGAUUCACCCUUUAAGAACAACGAAGCCUUCGGCGAGAUCCCCGAGAUUGAACCCCUUACGUUCGACGACGAUCCAGAGCUUGCGGCAGCUUGGGCUGCAACUGACGUCCCUGCGGGUAUUAAGUACUAUUAUGACAAGAUGAGCAACUGGUCAGUGCCGCAAGUGACAUACGAAUCUGAGGAGGAGGACCUCUCGCCCGCCUAGAGGCGAUCUCACGACUUUCACGAAUCAUGUUAAGAUACCCGGUCAUUUGCAUAGGGCAGCGUUGGCGAAGCAUUC